AUGACUAAAGACGCAAUAAACGCCCAGAAUCCCGAUGCCAAAGAGCUCGAAAGACUCAGAGAAGAAGCUGGAAUCAUCAGAGACCCGAUCGACCAGCCAGACUUCUGGAGAGAGAGGAAAUCGGCGAUCAAGAAAGACCCAGUGACUCAAUACCCUCAGGAAUCAAAAGGACGAAUGCUCAUCCGACUCCGUCUCAGGAUUGGCGACAGAUUCAAAGACCUGCUUGAGCAGAUGGUCCAAGAUUUCACGAAUCCCAACGUCCAAAUGUCGCUCGACAGCUGGCAAGGCUCAAUCAACACGGUCUCCCGAGUCCUCUCCGAGCUUGUGCGCGAAGAAAAUGCGAAAAUCGCCGAAGACGACCGAGCCCAGUCGAACCAGAGCCUGUUCUAUGGAUGCCUCAACGCAGCGAAAGCUGCCAUCGAUGUCCAUCCGCUCCUCAACAUCGUCUACAUCGAUGAGUCUCUCGAGAUUCCAGAAGCAAGACUCCCAGCAUAUCAAGAACGAGUCUCAGCUCUCAAGUCAAGAGCGGACUUUCUGUUCCGAGAAGAUCGACUCCCCAAGGAGGAACUUCGCGAUUGGAAGAGGACUCGACGAAGCGAAUACGUCAAAGAUGGAGUCCCCAAAGACAUCGCAGCCACGCUGGCAAGACGCGACUCAAGAACCAUCGGCUGGACUUCUCGUCGAGACGGAACAACACAGACUCACCCGGUCGAAGCUCAACGAGCCAAAUGCCAGGAAACUCAAACCUAUCAAGAAUCAACAGAUUCCUCGAUGCAGACAGAGACUCAAACCUCAACCAACUCGACUCAAACUCAACUGCCACUGCCAUCAGACGACUCGAACAACAACGAGCGAGCAAGCAUUGACUCCGGCCCAGACUUCUUUGAAGACUCAUACAACGCACGCUCAGACCCAUCCCAGCUGAUGCCUUCGGCGAGCCACGGCCAUCCAGCGGACUCCCCUGAAGACGGCUUUUCCUCAGACGAAGAAGUCCUGGAAGACUCAGAAGACGAAGGAGCCGAAGCCACCGCGGGAUUCCCAGAGCCACAAAGCCAGGACAACCAGCAAGACUGGAGCCGAAGAACGGAUACACUCUUCGAGUCAGCGGAGGAAGAAAAAGCAGCGGAAGAAAGACGACUCAGAAUCGCCGCACGAUGGAAAGAGCCGCUGGAAAACAUAGAAGAAGAAUCCGAAUCAAACGCGUCGGCCAGAAUGCACCAAAAAGAAGAGGCGGAAGAACAAAGGCGACUCCAAAAAGAAGAAGUCGACAGGCUCAAGAAGCUCAAGGAAGAUCAGGAAGACAGAGAAAGAGUCAAAGAAGCCAUCAGAGCCCGCAUGAGACGCCAAGUGGAGGAGAACACGAGAAUCCGCCGUGAAUACUUCGAGGAAAUCCAGCGGAAAAAGGAAGAACAAGAAGCUCAAGAAAGACGCCUGGCUCGAGACAGAGAAGCGGAAGAAAAGCGCCAAGCAGCCAUCAAAGCGGAAGAAGAUAAGGUGCUCACGAAGCCACAGGUGGGAAUCUUGCUCGUCGCGGAAACCGGCAGAAGAGGAAACCAUUACUACCUGUCGAAGAAAGAAUCAAAGCUGAUGAGCAGAAUCUCAGUCCGAGCGAUGCUUGACAACCGCCGAAUCGAAAACUUCGAAGAAAUCAGACAAGCCUGGUUCAGCAGCGAGGGACUCCUCAAAUACAAAGACUCCCAGAGCCCCGGCCAUCGCCAGUUCAAGUACAACACCAGAGCCGGCUGGACCAUCAAAGAAGGAACCGAAAACUGGAGAUUGGACCCAGUUGCUGCACUCACCGCCGAGGAACGACGAAUCGUCCAUUACCUGGUGGAGUUCCUCAACUACCAGGGAAUCAAGCGAAGAUUCAAGGAAGCACUGGACCACGGACUCCUCGACCCCGCCAAGAUGGACGCGAUCCUCGUCUUCGCCUACAAAGUCUGCGGUGGUAACCUGGUCCACUACAUCCGUUUCGUCUUCGUCCGCCUCUACAGACUCAACGACAUCCCCAUCCCUCCAGUCCACCUAGACGCCACACCAAAGCCACGACGCUUCCACUAG